AUGCUCAUCAAAAAGCCCGGUCUCGUCCUCUGCUCGUACCAGAGCGUUCAAUGUGCGGCGCCACCGUCUAAUGCGUCAUCAUCCGCCCGCCGCUCCCGACACCACCCAGUCCAUAUCCGCACCUACGCCGACGUCGCCAGCACGCAUGGCGCAUGCGAUAGCGAACACUUUCCGUGGCCGGCGUCUGCCAGUCAGGGAAAGCUCCCGACGCCGUACGAGAUUCUCAAGCUGAGAAAGGGCUCGCCCUACAACAAGCGCUCUUUCUACGAGCUUGUGAAGAUAUACCACCCGGAUCGCGCUAUUCCCUCGCAUGUCCGAUCCGACAUCUGUCCGCAUCCCAUUCGUCUGGAGCGCUACCGCUUGAUCGUCGCCGCCCACACCAUAUUGUCUGAUCCGACGAAACGCAGCGCAUACGACCGUUGGGGCGCCGGCUGGGGCAGCGCGAGAGACAUACAGCCCCCUGCGUACGACCGCGUGUACAAGUGGAAGCCUGGCGAGGAUCCGACGGUUAAUGCGACUUGGGAGGACUGGGAGCGCUGGUACAACCGCGACCAGAAGAGCGAUCAGCACCCCAUAUUUAUGUCCAAUGGAACUUUCGUAGGACUCAUCUUUCUCGCUGCUGCCUUGGGUGGGUACGGCCAGGCCACGCGGGCUGGACAAUGGGGGAAUACCAUGAUUGAGCAGAGGGACAUUGUGCACGCCGAGACAAGCAGAGAAUUGAAGAGGGUCAAGCAAGCCGCCAUGGCCUGUGGCGAUCGCGAGGAGAGAAUCCAGAGUUUCUUGCGACAUAGAGACGCGGCUACACAUGGCGAAGAAGCUUACAGGAGGCUUCUACCAUACAAGGAGGUCUGUUCUAGUGAGGAUGUCAAGGGCACCGAGCUCUGA